AUGACCUGGCUCCUAAUUUUUAUGUUAAAAUUUUUAAUUUUUAUUGGACAUUGGUCAAAGCAAAAAAAACAUUUAAUAAAAGUAUCUUUAAGAAAUAAGCCGAUUAUCGUCGAAGAUUCUUCAUUUGAAGAGGAUUUGUCAUCUGAGGAGGGUUUUUCAUUCGAUAAAAAUUCUAAAAUAUCUUCUGAUGAUGAGAUUAUGUGGGCAGAUUCUGAACUUGAUAAUGAACCUGAAAAUACGUUAAAAAAACUAGUUUCUGAUACAAAAAAUAUUAAAUCUAAACAGCCACUUCAAUACAUAGGUAACAGUAUCCGAACUCAAAAAAGAUGCAAAGCAGCCGCAAAGAAAAUGGUUAUACAAAAUGGCAAUACUAUUACGCAAUUUUUUCUUCCUAUACAAAAUGAACCUAAUACACAAACAGAUGAUACUCAUUCAAAUGAAUUGGAAGGUCAUGAUAAUAUCAAUUCAUCAUCCAUGAG